AUGUUAAAUGGUACUAUUUCCCAGACUGGUUGCAUUUGGCACCAGGCUCAACUUGCAGUCUUGGCCAAUGGCCACUCACACUCCAUUCCUUUCCUAGUUUGUCCCAUUGGAGACACACCAGCCAUACUUGGCAUGACAUGGCUCUCUCAGGAGUCAUCCCUCAUUGACUGGACUUCAGGGACAAUCACCUUCCCAGAUCAAGUACAAAUUGCCUUAGAAGAAGAUGCAGAUCUAGACCCCCUAGCUGACCUACAGCCCAAUAUCACAAAUUUGGAAUAUGACAUUGCCAUAGACCUCCUCCCAGAUGCUAAACUCUCCCUGGGCUCCAUUUACAGCAUGACAGAUGCAGAGUCUAAAGCCCUGAAACAACAUAUUGAAGUAGAAUUAGCCACAGGCAAGAUUUUCCCCAGUACUUCUUCAGCAGGGGCCCCUGCCAUGAAGCUCAAUGAUGUUACGCUCAAAAAUGUCUACCCCUUACCUAGGCAGGAUGACGUAAUGGCCAAGUUGCAUCAUGCCAAGAUAUUCACAAAACUAGACCUAAGGUGGGGCUAUAACAAUGUACAGAUCAAGGCUGGAGAUGAAUGGAAAACAGUGUUUAGAACAAAAUAUGGGCUAUUUGAAUAUCUGCCCUUCCAAGAUCUCAUUGACAUUACCAUGGGCAUCUAUUUGGACAACAUCUUGAUCUUCUUGGAAAAAAUGGAAGAACACCCAGAACAUCUAUCAAAAUAUCACUUCCAGGUCACUACAGUGGACUAUCUUGGUAUUGUCAUCUCCCCAGCCAGACUCUCAACAGAUCAGAAGAAGAUAGAAGCAGUAACCACCUGGCCCAUGCCCAGAACAGUCAAACAAGUCCAGGCCUUUGUAGGCUCUGUGGCAUGCCCCCUCCAUAAUCUCACAAAAAAGGAAAUCCCUUGGUCAUGGGGAAAUCUGGAAGAGGAAGCAUUUCAGGAAUUGAAAUGCCUGGUCACCAAGUCACCAGUACUAAUCCACUCCAAUUCCAAUCUACCCUACCACUUAGAGACAGACACCUCAGGGGUAGCCAUGGGAGCCAUCUUUAGUCAAAGAGGGACAGACAACCAAUUACACCCAGUAGCACACAUGUCAAAAUCCUUCUCAGAUGUACAAUUGGUGUCUAUCCAAUUCUUGCCAUCAGCUGUGGCAUAA